AUGAGGACCUCUCAAGUACGAGGCCUCGGCCUCGUACCACUGCUUCUAAUGGUACUAGUAGCAAAUGCAUAUGACGUUGAUCCUCCAUCCCCGGACUACAAGUCUCCUCCUCCACCAAAAUACGAAUACAAGUCCCCUCCACCUCCAGAGUAUGAUCCAUCACCUGUGUAUGAGUACAAAUCGCCUCCACCCCCCAAGUACGAGUACAAAUCUCCACCUCCACCCCUGAAGUAUGAUCCAUCACCAGUGUAUGAGUACAAAUCGCCUCCACCACCGAAGUAUGAGUACAAAUCUCCACCUCCACCCCUCAAGUAUGAUCCAUCACCAGUGUACGAGUACAAAUCGCCUCCACCCCCCAAGUACGAGUACAAAUCUCCACCCCCACCCCCAAAGUAUGAUCCUUCACCGGUGUACGAGUACAAAUCCCCCCCUCCGCCGAAAUACGAAUACAAGUCCCCGCCACCACCACCAAAGUAUGAUCCAUCACCUGUGUAUGAGUAUAAGUCACCACCACCACCAAAAUACGAGUACAAGUCUCCACCUCCUCCUAAGUACGACCCUUCACCGGUGUAUGAGUACAAGUCUCCACCCCCACCAAAGUAUGAGUACAAGUCUCCACCUCCUCCCAAGUACGAUCCUUCACCGGUGUAUGAGUACAAGUCUCCACACCCACCAAAUUUUUGA